GCGGGGGGCGCCGCACGGUGCAGCCACGAUGGAAGGGGGUGCGUACGGAGCGGGCAAAGCCGGGGGCGCCUUCGACCCUUACACCCUGGUGCGGCAGCCACACACCAUCCUGCGCGUCGUGUCUUGGGUUUUCUCCAUUGUGGUCUUUGGCUCCAUUGUGAAUGAGGGCUACCUCAACAACUCGGAGGAGGAGGAGGAGUUCUGCAUCUACAACCGGAACCCCAAUGCCUGCCGCUACGGCGUGACUGUGGGCGUGCUGGCCUUCCUCACCUGCCUGCUCUACCUGGCGCUGGACGUGUACUUCCCACAGAUCAGCAGUGUCAAGGAUCGCAAGAAGGCUGUGCUGUCGGACAUCGGUGUCUCGGCCUUCUGGGCCUUCUUCUGGUUCGUGGGUUUCUGCUUCCUGGCUAACCAGUGGCAAGUCUCCAAGCCCCAGGACAACCCUCUGAAUGAAGGGACGGACGCAGCCCGGGCCGCCAUUGCCUUCUCUUUCUUCUCCAUUUUCACUUGGGCGGGCCAGGCUGUGCUGGCCUUCCAGCGGUACCAGAUUGGCGCCGACUCGGCCCUCUUCUCCCAGGACUACAUGGAUCCCAGCCAGGACUCCAGCAUGCCUUAUGCACCGUACGUGGAGCCCAGCGCUGGGCCGGACCCUGCUGGCAUGGGUGGCACCUACCAGCAUCCAGCCAACGCCUUCGAUGCUGAACCCCAGGGUUACCAGUCGCAGGGCUACUGAGCCCCCAUGAUGGUGGUGACAGUGACCGCCUACCCUGUCCCUGUCCUGUCAUCCUAGCUCCCCUUCCAAACACCCUCUUCCCUCCCAGGUGACCCUGCCUAGCACCUGCUCAGCCUCCAAGUGACUCCACUGAGGCCCAGUGCAGCUGGGGUGGGGGAAUCGGGGAGCCAGGUGGGGUGUGUCCACAUGUGUGUGCAAGCGUGUGCCCAGCAGGGGUCUAGAGGGUGGGGCCCAGGGGUCACAGUCAUUCAUUAUGUCCUUGAGCAUUCACUGAGCACCUACUGUAUGCCAGGCCUUGCUCAGCUGGGGAGUGAGAGAAAUGGGGAGGGAAGGUGGACUGAGAAGGCCCUGCUCCAGGUGCAGGAAAGGUAGACAGACAGACAGACAGAUACUGGAAGUUUGGCUGCAGGGGGGUUCAGCCACAGGUGAGUGUGGUCAGUCACAGGAUGUGGGUCAUCAUCUCCUGAAUCCUUGAUAUAUAACAGUCCUCCUGGGAUUGCCAGGGCUAUCUCCAUUUUAUGGUUGAGGAAACUGAGGUCUGAGAGGUCAGAGUACUCUGUCUAAGGUCAUUCAAGCAGCUGAGGCCACAUCAAGGUAGGCCAGAUACAGAGCUCCUGCCGGCCUGCCUCUCCUUAUUUCCUUCUCCUACACCUAGGCUUUGCCACUCAGUGUUACUCUGAUUGGGGGAAGGGGGGCGGUGCUUCAGGACUCGAGUCCACUGAGACACCAUGAUCUGCAAACCAAGGACCUCCUCUGCCUCAGCUGCUUCCCUCCAUUCGGGUCCCCUCCUCAGUCCUGGUCUUCUAGAGGGCUCCCCAGACCUGCCCCUGUCCCCUUGUGUUGUUCCAAGCUCAACAGGUCCCACAGGGAGCUCCUUUGGGGUGUGCCAGCCACCCCCUCUGCAGUCUCCCAAAGGAGUGGAGGCCGCCCCUGCCCCUUGGAGGGCUCCCUGAGCCUUUGCUCAUGGCUGGGCAGACGGGAGGCCAGGUGGGAGUGGAGAGUGGCCCAAGGUCCCAGUGAGGAAGCGGUCGGUAGAGCUGGCCUUGCUGCCUAAGUUGAUUGAUUCCCACGACCCGGAGGGUGACUCCACCCUUGUCACCGCCUGGCACACUGUUCUCUCUCUGCUUGUCUGGGUCAGUCAGGGUUCAGGACUGGAGGAGUGGGCGGCCAGGCCGGGAGCUUUCGAUUACAGGAUCAGUUUGAGUGCAGGUCACACUGCCCCGGGUGACUCACAGUUGAGACACUGCAGGGUAGGCUCAGGGAGACCUUGAGCCA